UUGUCGCGUGUUUCGAUCCUUUUGAUCAGAUCUUCAAGUAGCAGAGAAGACGAGAUAAUACAUUGCACAUAUAUAGUAAGAGGGAGGCAUGUCAAAAGCAGAGGCAGAAGCAAAAUCAAAAACAAAAGCAAAAUCAAAUGUAUCACAAUAUGAUGCGUACUUUGAGAUGAUUCAAAGCAGGAAGAAAUUGUCAUCUUCACUGCAGGAGAAACUAACAGCUGCUUUCGCAAGAAUCCCAGUUUCAUCAUUUCCACAAGUUGCUCGAGGCAAAGUGAUUGAAGUUCUAGCAGACAUGUCUAUUGGCGAUGCUGUCAAGGUUCUUUCGGAGUCCAAUAUAGUAUCAGCACCAGUGAGAAACCCGGAUGCCGGAGACAGUAUGGACUGGAAAGAAAGAUACCUGGGAAUCCUUGAUUACUCUACCAUUGUUUUGUGGGUGUUGGAAACUGCAGAUUUGGCAGCUGCCGCCUUAACUGCCACAUCGGCGACUGCCGCAGGAUUAGGUGCUGGCACUGCGGGUGCUCUUGGAGCUCUAGCAUUAGGUGCCACAGGUCCAGUUGCAGCAGCCGGGCUAACAGCUGCUGCAGUUGGUGCAGCUGUAGCUGGUGGUGUGGCUGCUGAAAAGGGAAUGGGAAAAGAUGCUCCUACUGCUGCUGAUGAAUUGGGGGAGGAUUUCUACAAAGUUAUCCUUCAAGAAGAGCCUUUUAAGUCUACCCAGGUGAAAUCCAUUGUGAAAAGUUACCGCUGGGCACCUUAUAUUCCAGUCACAACAGAUAGUUCUAUGUUGAGCGUCCUAUUGCUGCUUUCCAAGUAUAGGUUGAGGAAUGUGCCUGUCAUAGAACCUGGCAAACCACUGAUUAAAAACUUCAUAACUCAGUCUGCAGUUGUUAAGGGUCUUGAACAAUGCAAAGGAAGAGAUUGGUUUGAUUCCAUUACCAUGCAUCGUAUAACCGAAUUGGGACUUCCGUUCGUUUCCAAAGAUCAGGUUAUUAGCUGUCAAAGCAAUGAAUUGAUUCUUGAAGCAUUCAAGAAAAUGAAAGAGAACCAUAUCGGGGGUCUCCCAGUUGUUGAAGGCCCAACAAAGAAGAUUGUUGGUAAUGUGAGCAUAAAAGAUAUCAGAUUUUUGUUACUCAAGCGGAAAAUUUUCACCAACUUCAGGCAGCUGACGACAAAAGAUUUCAUGAACACCAUUGCUACAACAUCAGAGGACAUGAAGAAGGUUGUUUCACCGAUAACAUGCAAACUUGAGUCGACUCUUGGUGAGGUGAUAAGCAUUCUCUCUACGAAAUCUGUUCAUAGGAUAUAUGUUGUGGGUGACGGUAACGAUGUGAUCGGCAUCAUUACACUCAGAGAUGUGAUUUCUUGCUUCAUCACUGAACCUCCUAACUACGUUACGGAGUUCCUUGGACCUGCAGCCCAAGAAAUGUUAACCAAAGGAGCAGAGUAGAAACUCAGGUUAGAUGGCAUGUAAUUAAUACUACUACCCACGUUAUUCACCAUGAAUAUUUACUGAACCAAAACCAGGUUUUUCUUCCCAUCUUUUCUAGAGAGUUUAGCAGCAAGAACAGAAAUAGAAACAAAAACAGAACGCUCAUGGAUGUCUUUGCAUUUCCUGACUUGGACCAUCGUUUCUGUAACUUGUGCUAUAAGUUCUUAAACUCGAGUAUUUUGGUGCAUUAAGGAUUAUACAAACGUGACUAGACGGACUAAUGAGGUUUGUGGAUGAAAGAAUUGUGAAAGGUUUUAGUG